AUGAGUAAAAAAGAGAAAAAAAACAAGAAAAAUAACAAUAAUAUUAACAUCAAUAAUAGCUUAUUAAGCUCUUAGCAAAAUAUUUUAAGCCAAUCUCCAACAGAAUUUUAUUUUAUACAAUGCAGAUUUGUAGAUGAUUAUGGUGAACAUGGAGAGUUGAUUGAACUUGAUAUUUCUCAAUAUUUAAAAUAGGUUAAUUAUGGUUUAACAGCAGCCGUAUUGACUGAUUUUUUAUUUGCAAAUUUACAUAAUUUAGACGAAACUAAAAUAUAAAUAAGCUAUGAUGAAUUGAAUUAUGUUUAUCUCAAUCAGCUAGAUUAAAAAGUCAAAUUAAAUUUUAUAAACAACUGCAUAAAGUUAAGACUUAGAAGGGCUUAAUUCUCCAUUUUCUAGAGACUUCUAAGGCUGGAAGAGGAAAACAAAGAGCUUAAAAUUAAGAUAUAAUAAAUGCAAAUCGAUAAGUAGAAUGAUUUAAAAAUUAGCAUUAUGAAUAGUAAAAAUGACGAAGAAGAGGAAGAAAUCGAUGAUAAUUUAAUAGAUUUAGCGAUUUUAUAUAGCGAUCCUUUAGUAGAGAUGAAAAGAACAAUUUAACCAUAUUAGCAAUCUGUUUCUUAUCAAAAAGAAAUUAUUGAUUUAAAAUAAGAACUUCAAAGCACUUCUAAAUAAAUUAAAAUUAAGAUAGCUAAUUUAACUAUAGAUAAUCUUUAAAAAGUUUGCAUGCAUAAUAAGCCAACAAUACUGCAUAUUAUAUGUCAUGGAUAGGUAGAUAAUAAAGAUAAAUAUCUCCAUUUUGAAAAUUCUGAUUACUCAUUACAAAAAAUAAAUCCUGAUGAUUUGCGAAAAAUUCUUACUCACUUAGAAGAUAAAAAACCAAAAUUAGUUUUUGUUAAUGCAUGCAAUUCAGCAAUAGUCAGUGAUGUUUUUAGAGAAGCUGGGAUACCUUUUGUGGUCAGUGUAGAUUAGAAUCAUUCAAUUUUAGAUGAAGUUGCCUAGAAUUUCAGCAAAUAUUUUUAUAGAAACAUUAUUUAAUAUGGGAAAUCUAUUCAAGAUUUGUUUUUGAAUGCUUAGGAGAUUACUGACAAAGUAAUUUAAGGUACAAAAAAUUAUCCUUGUUGCUGCCUACAUGAACACAAGUCUGAUUGCAAAUGGUUUAACGGAGACGAUUAAAAUCCUAACCAUGAAGAUCACAUUUUAGAUUGCAACUGCUCAUAAAAACAAUAGUAAAAGCAUUAUAAUUCGUGCAAAGAGGCAAAAGAAUUCCUUUAAAAGUAUAAACCAUAAUCAUUAUAAUCAUUAGAAAAAUCUACAUAAAAUUUUCUUUUUACCUGUUGCUGCUAUACUUAUCAAGAAUUGUAAGAAAAGAAUCUACUUUAUCAUUAAGAAUGCCAAAAAUUUAAGCUUGAUUAUGACCCUCAAGAUGAUUUUUUUAACAAACCGCUUUUCAAAUCAAAAAAGACAGGUAGAUUGAUAGAUAAAUCAGAUUUUGAAAUUGAAAAAAUUUCUUCUUCACUUUUUGUCAGAAAAGUAGAAACUUUUAAUGUUCUUAAAACACUGAGAGACCCAAACUAAAAAUGUAUUAGUGUUAUAGGUAAAAAAAGAGUUGGCAAGAGCUUAUUCGUCACAAAAUUAAUUGAAUACUCUAAAUUGAGAGGUCUUUACCCUGAUUUUGUAUAAGAAAUUGAUAUGAAAGACAUCUACUAUUGUGAAUAAAUAUGGCCAUAUUUUAAAAAAAAUUCAAAGAAAGAAAUGCUAGAUCAUGUCUAAAGUUUAGAUGGUCUUAUUUAUUUCAAAGAUUGUGAUAAGAUUUUCGAGAAAGAUGAGAAUAACUUCAAGUAGCUACUAUAAGAUUUAUCACGCUAUACAAAAUAGUUGAAAAUAAUUCUUACGGUACAAAAAGAGUACCAUUCUCCGUUUUUUACAUUUUAUUUAAAAGACUAUUUGGCAUAUGAUACCAGAGUUUACUUAAAUUAUUUACUACUUUAAGAAAAUGUUACAAUUAAUAAAAGAAAGCAAUAUAUCAAUGAUUUUUUAAAUAAUCCUAAGAUACAAAGAACUACUUUUAAUAUUUAAUAUUUUGCCAAAUACAAAUACUUUAGUGGUAUAGAGACCAUAGAAGACAAUUAAAAGUAGAUUCUUGAUGAAAUAUAAUAAGAUCCAUAGCUAUUUAAAUUAUGCUGUAUUCUCAGCUUUUUUAAAUAUGGAUUGAAUGAAUAGGAUUUCAAUAUUUUAGCUUUAAGCAAUUUAAUUCCAAAAGACUGGCUUGAAUAAAUUCAAAAAAUAAUACUGAAAGUAGAUAAUCGUUAAACUAACUAUGUUGCUCAUAAAUUUUAAGAUUUAUAUGAUAUUGUGAGAGGAAAGACAAUAGGAAUAUCUAGAGGAAGAUUAAAAUUUUUUAACAUAAAUAUGAGAGAACUGUUUGUUGAACAAGGAAGCAAGCAUUUUGAGUCUAUUCUUAUUUCUUUAUAUUUAUUUUCAAGUGUUUUAACUAAGAGAGAAAGGAAAACAGACUGGAAGUUAUUAAAAUUAAUAGAUUUUUCUAUUUUUUCUUUGAAUGUCGAAGUUUUUAAGGACAUUAUUCCUAAAAUAAAAAAUCCAGUCAUUGAGGCAGAGGAUAGGUUAGAAUAAGAAAGUCAAGAUAGAGGAUAAAAAAUUAGCUGGAUAAAUGAAACAUCUUAAUACAUAUUUUCUUUGCUUGAUAAACACGACUUAAUCAAUGAUUCUAUGAGGAGUGAGGAAAUAGAAGCUAUUGUUUAAGUAGUUUUGGCUUUAUUUUUCUAAUUAGUGUCUUUAAUGAAGUUAAAUAUAACUAAAAAUUUUUUAAUUAAGCCUAUUUGUUAUUGGGGUUAGCGCUUCUUUUAAAAAUAUCUCUAGUUGGUACCUGAAAAAAAACUCACAAAAGAAAAUUAAAUUAAAAAAGCAGAAAUAUAUCUAGAUUUGUUAUUACUAGACAUAGGUAUUAAUGAAAAGAACGGGCAUGAAUUAAUUAAACAACAUUUCGAAAAUAUAAAUUUUAUUCUAAAAAAGCUAGAAGGAAUGGAUUUUUAGCAAGUGAUAGAAUCAUAGCUCUAUUAAUGCAAGGCUUAUUUGCUCAUCCUUAAAGACUAAUUUGAAUACUUAAAUAAUGGAAAAUUAGACUUAGUUGAGCAUUAAAAAGACAGAGAGUAAAUUUUAGAAAAUUUAAUAAAAUCUGACUAGUGUUUGUCAAAUGAUGGGUAUUCUGAAAAUUUUGUUUAUAAGGAGUUAAACGCAGUAAUAAAGCACAAAAAUACAAUUUUCUUAUAAGAAUAAAAGAUUCUUUUUGAACCUCAUACUCUCACUUCUGAAGACAAAGCAGCAGUGCACACCAUAUAGUAAAAGUAUAUCAAAAAUAAAUUCUAUAAAAAUAUCUGCAUUAUUUAUGAAACAAUGAUGAAUCACAUCUAAUUUCAGAUCUACAGUAAUUAAAUUUAAAACGGCAUAACAGAAGCAUUCAACAAUCUCAACAGCCAUAUUGAAUAAAAAUUUCCAUAGUUUAAAGAUCGAGAGAAUUUCUAUGGAACUGUCAGGUUAUAAAUAUACAAGUCAAUUAUUCAGAGGUACAGAGAAGAAUGCAAUAAAGGUUUAAUAUACAUAAUGCAUAGCUAGCCAUUGAUAGAUUUCAUAGCAGAACAAAAUGAUAGUUUGGGUAAUAGCUUUGGUACUUAGAAAAGUUAAAAGUAGCAAUUUAAAUAUCUUGAUUAACCUUAUUAUAGCAUAUGGAAUUAUAAUGAAAUUCUUCGCUCAUAAGUAUUCUAAAAAUGCAAAAAAUAAAUAAAAUACAGCUUUUUAAGUUUUAAUAGAAGGAAUUACAAUCUGGCAACAAAUUCUGGAUGUUAAAUAAUGUCAAUUAAUUCAAACUUUAAUGAAGACUCAUCUCUAAAGACAUUAUAAUUUGAAGGAUGUUAGCUACUAGAAGUUGAUUAAUAUGAUAAUGAGUAAGAGAAAAUAUUAGAAAAAAUUUAAUAGCUUUAAAAUGUUAGAAUACUUAUUUUAUGUGUAAACAAUGGAUAAGCUCUUAAAAAUAUAAUUUAAGAAAAUAUUUUAGAACGCUAAUAAUAACAAUAAAGAGUAAUUAUUUAUUUCCCAUUCAAGGAAACUUGCAAAUCUUUCGAUAAAGUGCUAAUUUGUUAAAAAUUCUAGCUUGAAUUUUUUAAGCAAUAUCUAAAUCAAAAUAACAAAACGAUUAAAGAAUCUUUUGAUGUAGCUAAAGAAUAGACUAAAAACUUUAUCCUUAAAAAAUUUGAUCUUAAAAAAGUUUAAAACAUAAAUUUUGAUAAAGUUUUUGGCGAUGUUCCAUCAAUUUAUUCUAGUUCUGAUAGUUUUUUAGAAUAACCAUUUGUAAUUGAUGAGAUAGAAAAACCUUAAGAAAUAACUCCAUUGAUAAAACAAAGUAAUAUCUUAGAGUAAAUAAACAUGGAUAAAGUCAUAUUGAAAAGUAGAGAUAUCUAUUAUUUAAAGCACUUUUUUAAUGAGUCAGAGAUUAGACUCGUGAACUUGUAUAAUUAGAAUAAUACAACUAAAACAGGAAAGACAACUCUUGCUUUAUCUUUUGCAAUGACUAUGCUAGAAAGAAAUCUACACUUCACAGGAGGAGUACACUUUAUUUAAAAUAGACACAGCAGUCUAGGAUCCAUUUCAUCUUAGAAAGGUGUUGCAUUUAAUUUGAAACAAACUCACUCUGCAGGUGUUGGAGGAUAAAGUUUUAAUGAUAGUCAAAUGAAUUAAUCUAUUCAAUCUCAUUCUUCUAACUGCACAACAACUUUUAAUAGCUGCCAUAUUUAAGGUGGAAGCAUCUCCUCGCUUAAGUAAACUCUAGAAAGUUUAAAUAGUAGUUUGUUCAAGAUAAAAAGCUCAAAUUUUCAUAACAUUAAUAGUAGCUAAAGCUCUUACGGGCAAUUUAAUUAGUAUAACUACCAUGCCCAUGCAGAUCCCAUUUUAAUUAUUUUAUCUGGAUUCGAUUGCUUUUCUCCGAAGCAAUUUGAAUUUCUAUUUGAAAGAAAUUAUCUUCCAAAUUAUAAGUUUUUAAACAUUUCAAACCGUAAAUUUUCACUUCCUUAAUAAAUAUAUUCAAAGAUGUUCAAAAACCACGAAGUUAUGUCAUAUAAAAAUAUCUUAAAUAGACUAGUAUAAAUAAAAAUUGAGGAAGAAGAGGAAGAAAUUACUAGCACUUAGAAAAAGGUUGAUAGCCACCAUCAUAAUCAUCAUAACCAUUAGUCAAACAAAAGUAAAUCAAAAUAGAGUAAAUAUUAAAAAAAUUAACCGCAAAAGCAUAGUACUAAUAACAAUAGUCAUCACCACCAAAUUAUGACCUCUUAAGCAUUAAGCCUUCUAGACCCUUGCCCUAAAAGUGUAGGCUAAAGCCAAAUAUAGCAAUAAGUUUCUUACAUAAUACCUAAAACAACACCAUUUUUAGUUUCAUAAAAAUCCUAGAAUAAAAAUUCGUCAAAGUCAUUUAGUAGCGAUAACACAAAUUCUAAUUACCAAUCUUAAUCUUUAAAUUUGCAUGAUAUUUAAAUUAAUACUGUAAACUCUUGUGAUGCAUUCAUGCUUAAAGGUACAGUUUCUGAAAUAUAGAAGGAAAAUAAGGAAAAUGAUGAAUUUUUUGAUGAUAUAGAUAAUGAAAUUUUUAAGUCAGACAACAGAUCAAUAUCAAAUUCAAUUUAAUUGACACCUUUUUCAUAACAAAGUACCAAAAAAUCAUAAACAAAUUUACCUAUCAUUGGAAAUAAAUAGAUUGGAGAUAUUGUAAACAAUGGAAAUUUGUAUGAACCACUAGAUUCUAACUUCGAAGAGUCUGAUAAUUUGAAAACAGAAUUAUUUAAAGAAUAAAAUGAGACCUUUAGUGAAAUUUGCGAAAGUAAUAAUGAUUAUAAUAAAUAUAAUAAAAAAAAUAAAGAUUUCUAUCAUUCAAGUGAAAACCUAAACACAAGCAAAACAGAAAACUAAAUCAGAAAACCUAAAUACUCUUCUUCCUAGGAAUAAUAAAAUAUAAAACUUUGCACUAGUUCAUACGAUGACAACAAUUAAUAUGAGGAAAAUGGAGAAACAUUUUAAGAUGAUUCAGAAAAAGAAGAGUUGGAAAAUGAUAGAACUUUUGACUGA